AUGUUAUUAACAGUUGAGUGUUUCACGCCCAAUAUGAGUUCGAGGAUUCCACGUUCAGGUCCUAGGCUUCCAAUUUUGUCGUCCGACGACUUGGAAAGCAUUUUAGAACAAUGGCAAGAUAGUGAGGAUCGCUCAGAUUUCUCAGACGACGAUGAUGUAGAAACUGAUCCAUCGUACGCAUUGGAGGUAAAUGAACAAAAUUUACGUCAAGAGUCAGAUGAGGAGCCCAAAGUUCCCUACCCAGGAGAACAGGACGAUAACAUCUUGAUAACGAACUCUGAAGCUAAUACCAGCGCUUCAGCUCAACCAUGUAAGACAGCAGCUGCCGUUCCACUACCCAGUACCAGCUCCGAAAUCGGAACCACACCACGAAGCACAUGUGUCCCUAAAACAAGUAUCAUACGGAAAACUAAAAACUUAGAGCUGAAUGAAGACCAGGUGAGGUUUCGUGGAUCUUCCAAGUUACCAAAUGAAACACUGGAAUCGAAGACGCCUUAUCAGGCAUUUUCUUAUUUAUUCACUGACGACAUUGUGGAUCUGAUUAGAGACGAAACUAACCUGUACAACGUGCAUAAAGAUGCCAAUAAACCUAUAAACGUCACAAGCCAGGAAAUAAGGGAGUUUGUUGGAAUUACUUACUUCAUGUCCAUAAUUCAUCUGCCUAAUGUGCGAAUGUACUGGUCAGAGAAAUAUGGCUAUGCCCACAUACGCGAGACGAUGCCGCUAAAACGAAGGAUCCAUGAUGACACUGAAAAUACUGAAAAGCUGCUAAGUUCUGCAGAUUUUCGACUUGAAAUUGCUGAAACAUUAGUAAGAUAUAAAAAGACGAACCGCCUGAAGCGCACCAGUGACGUGGAAGCACUCAUCCAAGACAAAAAGAAAAAAGGGCCUUGUCAACAUAUCCCGCCGAAAGAUGAUCGGCUAGACCAGUUAGGGCACUGA